AUGGGCGAACUAGAAAGUGAGCAAGAUACUCUUCAGCAUUUCACAGCAUCAGGCCGAGCAGGUCGACGUAAUGCACUGCCCGUUAUCGAGGUAGAAAUCAACGAUCCAGGAGCUUUAAAGCUGGCUGAACGCUUAUCCGACAUGACAGCUCAUUGUGAAAACGAACAAGACGUUCGCCGUCGUCAAGAAGCUCAAAAUUCCAACACUCAGCAUUCCGCUUCAUCAUAA